AUGUCGCAGUGGAUGACAUUCACACGGCCGGUCACAGUCAGCUUGCAGGAAACCUGGUCGGUAGAGCGAGGCCGAGUGGAACUCUACGAUUCUGUGACGGUCCUUCGCGGCGCAUCUCUUGCGAUAAGAGGGCAUGAGGGUGAUGCCUAUGCAACGGUGCACUUCAUGACGGCGACUGCGACCAUCUCCGUCGAGGAAGGAGGCUCCCUGUGGAUUGAAUCAGCUGUUUUCGUGGCUCACGAAGCGGGCUUGGAGGCAGUGCAUGGAAGCGCUCAGGUGACUGACCUCCUUUGCGUGGGUUUCGCCACUUGUUUGCGUGGGCUGUUGCGGACUGGAUCGCGGCCCAAUGUGACCAGAAGCUUCUUUGCUCGGAACAAGCGGGCUCUCACGGGAGAUGGCGAGGUAGCGGACUCCGUAUUCUUUGGCAAUCAGGAAGCUGUCUCAAGUGACUUUGGGCCGUACUGGACCGUCACCCGUUCGCUGUUCCUCUGGAACUCGGUGGGCCACGCGAACUUCGAAGGCUCUGAUGUGUUGCAGUCGGCAUUCGUCCAAAACGGUGUUGGGAUUCGACAAGCUCGCAGCGCGCAGGAUGUGUUGCUGUAUAGGAAUGGCAUCGGCAUCGAGGGCAUGGGCGGUUUUACACUUCGGUACCUCACUUUCCUUGAGAACGGCAUUGGCACCAAAGUGCCCAGCGAGGCUAUGACCAAUGCGAACUUUCUGCGAUCCGUAACUGCUCAUAUUCACUAUUCCCAGGUCUGGGCGCCUACUGUGAAUCUCCAGAACUCGGAACUUCACUGGAGCGAAGGUUCGAUAAUUGCCAUCAAGGAUAAGAUUGUGGAUGGUCAGGAUGCCAGCAACGAGAAUGUCGGGAGGGUGCUUGUUGGUGACCGAGGUUGGCCGAGCCCGUUCCACCACACGAUGUAUGAGUCUGAUGCUUGUGCAGGCCACUGUUCCAGGGACUGGUUCAAGAUGACUUGGGCCAAGGUCGUUUCUGUGGAAGAGCGGGAAGCGGCCGACCAGGUUUUGUCCACUGGUCAGACGGUGAGCGGGGCAAUUAGCAUCGGCUACAACCCGGCCAGCGCGACCGAACUCAGCGAGCACAUGGAUGACCUUGCUGCUCUAUUCCAAGUCGUGUCCGACUCCUGCGAUGGUUACUUCGGAUACAGAUUUCUCUUUCCUGGAAUCGCCGGCGUGAGCACCAGUGCCAGCACCAGCUUUAGCUCCAAGCCGCCUACAAUCGACGCACCCGCCGACGACCUGCAAGUCUUCGACUUCGAGAUUCCGAUCGGCUUCGAUCUGCUCAUUUUGCUCAGCGCCUUGUUGGGCAUUUGCUCGCUGCUAACGUGCUGGGCCUGCUGGCUUGGAUGUCGGACCUUCCGUGGCCGACCAAACAAAGCACGAGUCCAGCCAUGUCCGGUUCCGGCGGAACAUGUGGAGGUGGAGCGAUCUGUGGCCAUCAAGUGGCGCAUGAGCCCCGAGAGCCUCCCUGAAUCGAUCCAGACGGUCCCAUCCUAUUGGGAAUGCUCCUCGGACAUCCUGGUGAUGCUGGAUCCUGGUGGCCUGGAGAAGCUGCAGCAGCUCAUCGACGGUACCUUCCGGGACACAUCUACUCGAGAUCGGAGUGGCUCAAUGCCAUCCAAGCUCCGGGUUGUGCAUGCGCACCGCAUAGAGAACGAGGCCUUGUGGCAAGAAUACACAGUCGAUCGUUACGCCAUCAAGCAGAAGAGGCGACACCGGUGCACGGCGCUGGACAGGCUCGGUGGCGAGGCGCUGACGCAGGACUUCGUGAGAGGCCUCGGCCUCAUGGAAGACCUCGACCAGCGCGUGAACGAGGUUUCCUUAUGGCACGGGACGAGCCCACAGAAUGCUUUCUCGAUUGCCAGGACGGGCUUCAAGAUUCGUCCCCAUGCUCGCGGGCGGCUUUACGGCGCCGGCGCCUACUUCGCUGAGUGCAGCUCGAAGUCAGACGAGUACGCCCGGGAUGAUGCCGAAGGCAUCCACCAAGGUCUGUAUUGCUUGCUGCUCUGCAGGGUCCUGCUUGGGGAGCCCCUGCAUUUGACUGCUGGGGGCGAUCAAGUCGGCCCGCUCGUCCGUGCAGCGCUGGAUUCGGAUUUGUACGACUCGGUACUUGGAGACCGCCGCGCUUCCGUUGGCACCUACCGUGAGUUCAUCGUCUACGACGACUACAUGGCCUAUCCUGAAUACAUAGUAGUUUACACCCGGCAGCCAGCAUAG